UACGUGGCUGCCAUCUUGUGGCCAAACGGUGAACUUACAGAGGUGUGUGAAAAUAUUAGUUUUGUACGGUAGGGGGGGCUAUAACGCAAAAUUCUCGGUUUGUCAUGGUUUUAUCUACCCCGUUGCAGCUUGGUACAGAAGGGGGAGAGCCAGUCCGCUUACAGCGGCUCCCUACGUUGACUCGGGCCAAAGUUAUCCCGGAAUAGGGACAGCACGCAUGUGCCGUAAACCCGGAUGUAGAUAUUUCUGUGCGCGUGCGGUCCCCGUUUCUCCCAAGUUGUGACACAUUUAGUGCAUUAUAAGUGUGUUAACGCUUACUCAGCUGAACAGAACCCUUGCGUGUUGUGGUGAGCAGCUUUAUGAAGCGUGACAUGUGUCACCUGCGUGGAUGAGGGUGUUGGUCCCGCGGGAAUCUACUCCAAAAGAGCCGCACCUUUGUUUUAGCCGAGAAAGGGGGAGGAAAAGUGGGUACUAUACUUCUUGUUUUAAUCACGCUUUGCAGACUAGAAAACAGUCUUGAAGUUGAAGCAGGGAUUUCCUCGUGCGCGUGAUGGACUUCCGCGGGAGAAGACACGAGAGGGGCAGCAACUGGACCGACCCGGAGAUCGUUGAGCUGCUCCAGCUGUGGUCCGACGAGUCGAUCCAGAUCGAGCUGGAGAGCUCCCUGCGCAACCAGCGCGUGUUUGACCGCAUUGCUCACAUUUUGCGCGAGAAGGGCAUCUACCGCACAGGCGACCAGUGCAGGGAGAAGAUCAAGAAGAUGAAGCUGGAGUACCGGCGCAUCAAGGACAACCACAAGAUGAGGACUUGGAAGUUCUAUGAUGUGAUGGACAGGGUUCUGGCGAACCGCCCGGCCAUCACCUACUCCUCCCUGGGCGGGGCUGUUAUAGCCCAGCAGGUGUUUCACAGCUCAGGUGGGUCUGAGGCCUUUAUGCAGGGAGGGGCUCCUGCCAGCUCCUUUGGGCCGACCUCCUCAGGUGGGUUUUUGUUCGGCCAGCCCCCUAAAACUGGAGAUCCACUGGAUAUUAAGUGUGAAGAUGCCGAGGAGGGCUUGCUGAACCCAGGUGGUGCACCUCCAGAGAUGUACUACGGUUCUGGGGAGGAGCAGGAAGCUGAUGGACAGUCUUUGUUGGAACCCGAGUACACAAUGGGUCCACCUGAGAGUUCUGCAAAUACAAGAGCCUCACCUUCAGAUUUUAGUGACCUGAACCUUGCAGGAUCUGCUGCUGGUGCAGGCGUGAUGCAAAACACUCCAGAGCAACCAGAUAAAGAGACUUCCCACCCUGCUCACUCCACUAGACACAGGAAGCGGCGACGGGGCGGCAAAGCAUCAUGGGUUCAGGGUGGUCAGGGGGGCCUGGAUAAAGUGCUCACCAGCUUCUUGAGCUGGCAGCAGUCUGCAGAGGAGCGCCUCCUCUCCCUGGAGGAGGCGAGGCUGGAGCGAGAGUUCCAGGCCGAGGAGCGCAGGGAGCAGCGGGAGGAGAGGAGGGCGGAACAGGAGCGGCAGCACGAGCUCAGACUGUUCAGCAUGCUCACGGGGGCACUGCUCUCUGUCAGGCCCGCCGCUCCCUCCCCGCCGUCUUCCGCCGCCCCCUCUGUGUCGUCCUCUCUGUCUCAGUCAGCGGCAGACGCUCUGCCUGCGAGGAAGACGGAAAAGUCGCCGCCCACAUCUGUCUCCACCUCCGAAAGGUCACCCAGUGUCUCUGCAGCUCCUCGUGGGUCUAGUGUCUACCUGUCCAACCGGGGUAAUAGCAUCCUGCAGCACCAGGGCAUUCUGCAGGAGGGGUUCAUCCAGUAUGGACUGAACAGACACCACGACUCCAACAACCCCAAUGGUAUUCUCAACUUGGGCACCAGUGAGAACAAACUCUGCUUUGAUCUCCUCCACACACGAUUGACGAAGCCUGACAUGCUCCACGUUGAUCCCGUCCUGCUGCAGUAUCCAGACUGGACCGGACAUGCUUUCCUGAGAGAGGAGGUGUCACAGUUCCUGACUCAUUACUGCUGUUCUCCAAAGCCACUGAAACCUGACAAUGUUGUGGUGAUGAAUGGCUGCGGUUCCCUCUUUUCCUGCAUCGCAGCAGUAAUUUGUGAUCCCAAAGACGCCAUUCUGAUCCCGACUCCUUUCUAUGGCGUAAUCACUGAAGAUCUGGAUUUGUACAGCAGCGUAAAACUGUUCCACGUUCCCCUCGACUGUGAGGCUGAUGGUAAAGACAGCCGACCCUUUCACCUCACUGUCGAGAAACUGGAGGAAGCUCUGAAAAGUGCAAAGCAGCAGGGGGUGAUCAUUCGAGCCGUUAUACUAAUGAACCCCCAUAAUCCUUUGGCUGAUGUGUACACUGUGAAGGAAAUGAUCGCUUUCCUGAAUUUUGCCAAAAGGAACGAGCUCCACGCCAUUGUGGAUGAGGUGUACAUGCUGACGGUGUUUGAUGAAUCUGUCACCUUUCACAGUGUCCUCAGUAUAGACCGGUUACCCGACCCACAGAGGACACAUGUAAUGUGGGGGUUGAGCAAGGACUUUGCAAUGGCAGGAAUCAGGAUUGGUACUCUGUACACUGAGAACAGAGACCUUGUGGAGGCUUUGGCCCAAUUAGGCGCCUUUCACGGCAUUCCUGGAACCUCGCAGUAUCAGGUGGCACAGCUGCUCAAGGACAGAGAGUGGAUCAGCAAAGAGUUUUUGCCUAAGAACAGGCAGAGGCUUAAAUCUGCCCACAGCUACCUGACUGGAGAGCUGCGCAGCAUGGGCAUUCCCUUCCUGAACUCUUGUGCUGCUCUGUACGUCUGGGCGGAUCUCAGAAAGUACCUCAGGGAGUCGUCCUUCGAGGAGGAGCUGGCUCUGUGGAGGCGUUUCCUCAAACACAAAGUGGUUUUGAGCUGCGGCCAGGCGUUCUCCUGCUCCACGCCUGGAUGGUUUCGAAUCGUCUUUGCAGCUGAGCAACACCACCUUCAACUCGGAGUAAAGCGAUUCCAGGAGGCUUUGAAAGAAACCCAAGAAGGAAGGACCGGUUCUGAUAUUCGCCCCAUCAAUGGAGCUCUUGAGGAGAGCCGAAAAUCGGUCAAAUCCGACAGCGCGGACUCAGACAAUACCUCAGCUGUCAAUUCAGCAUCAUCACCACAAAGCAAGUCAUCAGAGCAGCUGAAGGAGAAGGAAAGCCCCGCUCCUGACACUGACUCACUCGCCUCUGAGGAGUUUGUUUUGCUCGACUGCCAAGCUUCUAAGCCCACGGAGAGUCUCGCCUCUCUCAUUGGCACUCUCAGACAUCAGAUUCGAUCCUCCGAUUGGCUGGAGAAAAACACUCCAGAGCUGUCUGCUGGGGAGGACCCAGAGAUUCUUGAUGUGUUCAAAGCCCUGCUGCAAAGAGCCAAAAAGUAAGCUUAAGGUAAACAAGCAUGAAAGCACCUGCCAGAACUUGAAGAGGCAGUACUUAAGCAUCCCUCUCGCUGCCUGCGCUUAUGCUGAGGAGCAUGACACAAAAAUCGGCUCAAAGGUGAAGUCAGGUAAUGCCUUUUUCUUUUUUGAAGAGUGUAUCAGCAGAGAAUCGCAGAAAAAAUUCCAUUAAAAGUGAAGAUAGGAUCACAGAUUUUAAUGUGCCUCUUAAAGCCUUACUGUGAAGCUGGAACAUUUGUUUUGUUCUUUUGUAAAAUAAAAAUGUGCAUAAAUUUAUGAAUGCCAAAGUUAAA